CAAAACACUUCCAGCAAAGCAAUGAUACUUCCAAUAAUGGUGAAAUGGUAGACACCAAUCAUGAUAAUAACUCUAGCAACAACAGGACAAUAUCACCAAGAUACCAUGAAGUUGAUACUGAGAUUUGA